GUGUGACCGCUAUACAUCACAAGGAAAAGUUCAUGCUCUGUUUACAACGAUGUUUCCAAGAAAAAUGCUGCAGUUCUGCCCGUGCAUGUCUUCGAUUAAGUUCUCUAUUCUUUUGGAAAACUUUGGGAAGAAGUAAAGUCUGAGCAGUCGGGGCUAUUGUAGCCACGACAAAACGCUUACAAAGAAUGAAUUGGCAGCACCUGUGGGAUACCCAAUGAGGGAAUGAUGAUGAUCAUUUAGAAGACUCAAGAGGACAGCUGUGCAACCUCCAUGUCAACAAUGGGUUGCCCUACUCCAUGGCUGGCAGCAUCGGUGUCCAUGUUGGGCGGCCUGGUGUUUGGCUAUGAGCUGGGCAUCAUCUCAGGGGCACUCCUCCAGCUCCAGGCCCAAUUCCAGCUGGGGUGUGUGGGGCAAGAGACCAUGGUGAGUGCCCUGCUGGUGGGCGCCCUCUGCGCCUCGCUGGUGGGCGGCUGGCUGAUCGACCACCGUGGGCGCAGGAACUCCAUCCUCCUGAGCUGUGUUUUGGUGAUCGCCGGCACCAGCCUCCAGUCCACCGGUGGCCUCCUCGCCAUUCUGGUGGCCGGUCGCGCCGUCACGGGCUUUGCCAUUUGCAUCUCCUCCAUGUCCUGCUGCAUCUUCGUGUCCGAGAUGGUGGCCCCCAAGCGCAGGGGUCUGAUGGUGACCCUGUACGAGAUGGGCAUCACCGUGGGCAUCCUGACGGCGUAUGCCUUCAAUUACUUCCUGUCGGACACUCGCGAGGGGUGGCGGUACAUGUUUGGGUUUGCCAUGGUGCCCGCCAUGCUGCAGCUCACACUCAUCUGGUUCUUGCCCUCCAAAGCGCCGGCGGAGCACGGCACGCAGAGGGAGAGCCAGAGAGGCCUUGUGGAUCUAGCAGAUGCGGACGGGCCGGCCGAGGACAGCCAGGCGGACGGCAAGCGGCAGUACAGCAGCAUGCGCUGUCUGUUCCAGAGCAAGGACAACAUGUGGACGCGGACGCUGAUUGGCCUGGGGCUGGUGCUGUUCCAGCAGUUCACGGGCCAGCCCAACGUGCUGCUCUACGCCUCCACCAUCUUCCGCUCGCUCGGCUUCCACAGCGCCGACUCAGCCGUGUUGGCCUCGCUGGGGCUGGGGGUCGUCAAGGUCAUGGCCACCUUGGCCUCCGUGGUCUGUGCGGACCGUGUAGGCCGCCGGCCGCUGUUGAUUGGUGGGAGCGCGGUGAUGGCGGCGGGCCUGUUGGUGGUCGGGUGUCUGAGUGGCAGCUCGGCUCUGGACACCCAGAGGCCUUGUAGUUCACCCGCCAACAGCUCUCUCCCGACACAGGGUCCCGGCAAUCUGAGGGUGAAUUCCUCUGCAAAUGGAAGUCUUAGUCUGAUCAGGUCUCUGCCUGAUGCUUCAGGGACCCUCCUACAGCCCUCUGCCCCCUUCCAUGGCAUCCCACCAUUUACAGAUGCUCCUGAAAGGACAGACCAUGUGGCAGUGAGCUGGGCGAUUUUAAUCAGCAUGAUGGCCAUAGUAAUUGCUUUCUCUCUAAGCUUUGGACCAAUGACUUGGCUGGUGCUGAGUGAGAUAUUUCCAGCUGGGGUGCGAGGAAGGGCGUUCGCCUUCACAAACUGCUUCAACUGGGCUGCCAACCUCAUCGUGACCUUCUCUUUCCUCAACGUCACCGAUGCAAUAGGCAUGUCUGGGAUAUUUCUUCUGUAUGGGGUGGUGGCCUUAGUGGCCACAGUCUUCAUCUACUUCAUGCUUCCUGAGACCAAAGGAAAGUCACUUCAACAGAUCGACCGGGAGUUCUCAGACAAAAGAUUCCAUGACCAAUCCAGCUGCUUUCGUCAGAUGUCCAGAGUCUCCUCUCCAGGCUACCAGAGGGUUUGUAGCAUCUCCAAUACUGGUGUGUAGCUGCUUCUGUCAGAUGUGCAAAGUAUUCUCAUCACUCACAGGGUACCAGAUAGUGUGUGUGUAGCAUCAGCACUGCUGUAUGGCUCUCUGCAAGCUUGCUGGUCCAAUGAGACUGUAGCCUUUUGGUGAAUCCGACUGACUGCUUACUUAAAAAAUAACCUCAACUACAAAACAGAAUUGGGUUGACACUAUUGAGUUUCAAGUGAACAUAUUAAGACUCUGUCACUACCCUUUUUUGGUAACAACAUGCAUGAAAAGGUUGAAGGUCUACAGCAAGGUUACCACAGCAAUGUUAAGAUGAAGCUGCUAAACUGUUUAAAACCCACCUGACUUUGCAUCAUGAGGUAAUGAAUGGUGCUGAAAUUCUGGAAAUGGUUUUUGCACAUAGCACGACUUAAUGGUGGGAACAUGAAAUGACCAAUCCAUUAAUUGAGUCACCUAAUGUACUACUUGUAAAUAAUGAAUGAAACAAGAGAUGUAUGUGGAGACGUGAGCAAUCAAUUUUCAAGGAAUCCGUCUCUGGUUUGGCAAAUGACCAUUAAGCCAGCCUGAUUUCACAGAAUUCUGAGAAAUGGACACAAACCCUUGGGGCACGAAGUCUGUGGCAGUUUCACAAAUAUUGCAAAAAUUCUGUCAGGUCACGGAAGUGUUUUCCGUGAUGGACUCACGGAAGUGCUUUCGAGCACUAUGUUAAGUGAUGAUACCAAAUUAUAUUAGUAAACAAAAGAAUGCCAGAGCAAUUCAAAAUCGGCCCUGACAAAAACAAUCCAUAACCCUCCCUAACCUGUUAAGACAUGUUUUUGAGAAAUGCCUUUCCCACUUGGUUGAUGGGCAACAAAAUCCUUCUACUGUAAAUGAAAGAAUGCUAGCAGUAUAAGCCGUGUCCAUACCAAAACAUUCCCUAACCCUAACCUGUCAGUAAGAAGUUUGUGUGUUUUUUUGUUUUUUUGUUAGAAAAAAUAUCUUUAAAAUUCACAGAAAGCACAUCCAUGACCCCAUCACAAAAUUUUGGAAAAAUCUGUUAAAUUGCCACAGAUUUUGUCACAAUGGUCAGUGUUCAGUUCACGGAAUUCGGUUAGAUCAUGUUGCUUAAACAUCUCUUUAAAGGUGCACGGUGUACAUUUUUUUGCUUAUUUCCAGAAUUCAUAUGCUGCCCAUUCAGAAAUGUUUUUCACAAAUAAUUACCACCAGUAGCCUAUUCAUUAUGACAGGAAAAAUUGCACUUUUCAUACAUCUUCUCCAUGGUCCGCCAUUUCCAGAAAUAUGUUGAUGAAAAGACUAAAUUUGCCAAUGGGCAGCACGUUUUCAUUGCAAAACCUACUCUGGCCACCAUCCUACACAGUGCACCUUUAAAAACGUUCCAGGUCUGAAAUGUGACAAGUCUGAUAUCCCAUGACAAAGCAAGCUUUAACACUACUUGCUGUAAUAGUUACUGUCAACUUUGUUACUAGAGAGGAAUGUGCCAACCACUGCAAUAUUGCAUUUGUACAUUUAAAAAAACCUCAUGCUGCAGCAAUCAAUGUAUUAAAGUGUAUGAUCCAUAACGAUACUGUCGGUUGGUCUGUCAGACGCUGUUUCACCUUUAAAAGUGUUUGCAUGUGACCUAAGGUCUGCUGCCUCAACUGACUGCUCACUCAAC